AAGCAGACCUCCCUGCGUGCUGAGAAAGGCAUGAUCUCCAAGAGGGAAAGAGCUAGAAAAGACUAGACUGCAGUCCAAGGAUUUAUUCCCUCCAAGGAAAUAUUGAAGUUACAGAUAGCGCAAUGGCCGGGAGUAUGUUCGGGGUCCUCGCUUCUGGGAGACUGGCGUCAACCGAGUUUCAGCAAAUGGAUGAAACACAUUUCCUAUGCACAAUUCCUGAUGCUGACAAUAUUAACCAUGUUGUUGUGUUCCUUACUGGAACUCAGCCCUUCCCUGAUGGAUUGGGAGGAUCAGUGUACUUCAGCUGGCCAGACCCAAAUUCCCCUCCCCAGUGGAUGCGUCUCGGUCACAUAUCCAAUGACAAGCCAUCGGCCAUCUUCAAGAUCUCGAAGAUGAAGCCAAACGAAACCACAGUCGGGCCCCUGGGGUUCGGCCAGACUGCUUCUCACACUGCACAGAUUGGCAUAGCAGUGGAAACCCUGGAUGUGAUCCGGAACAGCUCCAGCAUAGGGGAUCCCAGCAACAUGAGCUCAUACAUGGAGUUCACGCAGAAGAUGAUCGAGAGUUUCCUAAACUACAUCAUGAGCUAUGCCGUGAAUCAGUCUCAGAUGGUGCCGAAUCCAGCAGAGACCUUUGUACCUUUGUCACAGGUGCAAAACUGGUACCAGAACUUUGAACGACGGCUGCAGCAAAACCCAUAUUUCUGGAGGAACUGAUGAACUCCAGAACCUGGAGAAGAGCAAUGGGGUUCUGUGAUGACUUUUCCUUACCCGGCUGCCUUGUGUGGCUUCCAUAAGAUGGCUUUUUUUCUUUUUUUAUCCUUUUAAAUAAUGAUCUGUAUUGCUUGAGCCUGUGCCAUCAUGGAGACAAUUUUCUUUCUGGUACAUGGUUAGCUUUCAUGGAUUCUCUUGAAGCUUUGUCUAUAGGGGAUCACUCUGAGGUAAUCCUCUGAUGAAAUAAAAGUGCAGCUGUUCACAGCAAGCAAAAAUGAAUUAGAUUGACAAAUAUUUCUCUCCUAAUGUCUCAGAACUCUAAACAGCCACAAGAAAAGUACUAUACACUCUAGUGGUAUCAUCUGAGUGUCUGCAGACACAUGGCAAAUGCAACUGUGUAAGCUUGACCAUAAAACGUACAGUGGGUCUGUUAUGUUUGAAAAAUGCAGGUUCAAUCAUUUUUUGGUGUAUAUGCAUGAAACUGAGUCUGGGCUCUUUGAGCAUUAGUAAGUUUGGCAUAACAAAUACAUUUCAGGUGAGGCAACAAAAAAAGUGUUGCUCUUUGAAAUUCUUUGCUACUCAUGAGGCAACAGAGUACAAUAAAGUUCUCUAAUAUUAUGACUUCAAUCCAUCCACUUUAUGUCCAAAAGUUUUUGUCCAUUUGAUUUACUGUUUUACCACAUGAGUGGUUUUACUGAAGCAACUCAUUCAUUUUUUCUUGAGGAGUGGUAUUUAUGGGAAUUAGGUUCAUGCAUACAGUAUACUCAAAUUUUGGCCUUAUUUCUGAGUCUGUCACUGAAAAGGUUACUCCAUGGAAUAUAGGACAGUGGUGAAACACAGUUAAUUUGAAAGAUGAUGGGGCAAGGCAAGAAUUUCCUGGUGAGAAAGUGAAGAAUUUCUAGCCUAUCAGUUGCUGAUUGAUUCACAGGCUGAAAAGAAUCUGGUUCUUCAGAGGGGACAAGAAAAAUUAGCCAAAAAUGGAAACUGCUCUCGUGGAAGAAGCCAUUGUUUCUGGAUGUAUGCAGGGAUGGGAAAGUCUCAGCUGCAAACUGCCAGAGAAAUAGGAGUGAGAUUUGUUCAACAAAUUCUGAAGUGUCCAGGAAAAAAGCAUUAAAAAGAUUUCCUUGUUGGAUAUGCAGUUUCAGUGGUCAUUGGUGCAGAAUGAGAGCAAGACAAAAGAUUGAGUUGUUUUCGUGAAAUCACUUGUGGUGAUAUGAGUAGGUAUAAAUGGGUGGACAUUUUGGAUUGUUCAGGGAAAAGACAAGU